CCCUCUUCGCAUUAUUCACCUAGGGAGCCCGCGCGCGCCUCCGGCGGCUCGGGCUCGCCAAAAAGCUCAUCAAAAAGGGCCCCUCCGUCGCUUUUCGAGGCGCCGAGGAAAAGGGCACCGCACCCUCGCCGCAUGACUCGCCGAGAGUGCCCGCAUGCGCCACCAGCGGCGCGCCCCCUUCAAAGUAAACGGUCAGACAGGAUUUCAGCACGCCAAAAAGGGGGUUAUGGAAGGGGGGAACAAGGUAGGGGCACGAAUUACCAGCGAUUUCGUCCCCUCUCCCGAGUGAGGGCUCCCCCAAUCCACGCCUUUCCGCCCCAAAAAGGUGGGGGAACAUCUCCCUCGUCGCGUAGCUCAUCCGAGGAAGCGCGCGCAUGCCUCCGGCGGUUCGACCUAGUGGCAAGGGGGUACUUGAGUACGCUUUAA